GAAUCAAAAAAUAGGCGCGUAAUAAACACGCGCGUUUGUUCCACAAUCCCCCAGGAAAACACACACUCUCACACAAAUUCACUCCCAAUAAAAAAAAUCACCUAAAUGUUUGUCAGUCUGUUUCUAUUUUCAAAGUUUUGGUGUUUGAUCGUUGCUGAUAUCUGGUGUGUUGGAUGGUCUGAGUUUGUAGGAAACUAGGAUAAAUUAGUGAUGGCUCCCAAUCCGAAAGUUGCUAAGGCCUUUCGUGCUAUGAAAGACAUUGGAAUUCCUGAAGAGAAAACAAAACCGGUCUUAAAAAAGCUUCUUCAAAUUUAUGAUAAGAACUGGGCGCUUAUUGAAGAAGAAAAUUAUCGAGCUCUUGCUGAUGCUAUUUUUGAUAGUGAGGAGGCAGAGGCAAUGGAACAGACGAAAAAUGUUGAUAAUGCUGAAGAGGAAAAGAAGAAGAAACUUGAGCAAGCUGAAGCGGAAAAGAAGAAAAAACUUGAGGAAGCUGAACGACUGAAAGCUCUUGAAGAAGAAACACAAAUGCUAGAGGAGCCUGAAAGACCUUUAAAACGAGUGCGGUCAAGACAUCAAGAUGAUCAGGCUUCACCCUCGUGUAUCAGCCCGGGCACAAGUUCAGGUGGAACUUUACUGAAGAAGCCAAAAUUAGAGGUUGAAGAACUUCCUGAAUCUCAUCCUAAGCUUCGCUCACCAGUGAAAACAGCAGUAACCGUGCCAGUCACAAGGACCACCCCACAACCUGUUUCCCCCCUAAAGCGAGACAGGAACAAGGCGAAACAACCUAUUUCAACAGAUUCUUUGGUCAAGCCAAGAGAGGAGCCACAGGGGCCAUUUACAGAUGACCUGCCUCAGUCUGAGGUUCCUCAUGCAGUGAUUAUGCCAGAAUCAUUGACCAAUGGAGGUACUUCAACUGAAAACAAUACGGGCAAUGAGCCAGAUCUCCCAUUGGCCUUGACCUUUGAAUCAACUAAGUGCAUGGAGUUAAGCAACUGUGUUCAAAGAACAUCAGAUGAUACAAAUGGUCGUGGGCCUAUAAACACUGCCGAUGAAUCAACUACUGAAUUAGAUAUUGCUUCCUCAUCUGGCGGAGAGAUCAAAAUCUCCAUAAGAUGUGAUUCUGCUCAAGGAAAAUCCAAAUUUUCUGUGACACAUUUGGAUAUGAUUUUGAAAAAAAUCGAAGAUAAAUGUCUGAAAUCAUACAAACUUCUUAACCCAAACUUUUCUGUGACGACACUAAUGAAAGAUAUGUGUGAGUGCUUUUUGGAUCUUGGAUCUGGUUCCAUCAGUAAACCACCAGUAUGUAAAGAUGAUAUACCACCCACUGAUCAGCCAUCCAAUACUGAUGGUUCAGUCAAUGGAUCUCUGCCUCAAUUACCACAACUACCCCCACCUUCUGAUGCAGUUGGUGAUCCUCUUCAACCUGAUAUACAGAGUACUGAGAAGGAUUGUGAGAAGCAAACAGAGCAAAAUGAGUUGGAGAAUAACAGUCAUUUAGCUCGUGAGGAUAUGAGGUCUUCUGAUGAUGUGAAUGACAUAACUAAAGGACAAGAAAAUGUGAUGAUUUCAUUUGUCAACGAAGUCAACACUGAGCGUCUUCCACCCUUCUUCUAUAUCCCACACAAUGCCGUUUUCCAAAGUGCUUAUGUUAACUUUUCUCUCGCUCGUAUUGCGGAUGACAAUUGUUGUCCGGCUUGUUUUGGUAAUUGUCUAACAUCACCCGCACCUUGCCUCUGUGCACCGAAAGGCGAUGGUGAAUUUGCCUAUACAACUGAAGGCCUUGUUAAGGAAGACCUUUUGGACGAGUGUAUGAAAGCUAAGCGUGACCCUCAAAAGCAAUGUCUAUCAUUUUGCAAGGAGUGCCCAUUAGAAAGAUCAAAAAAUGAGGGCGCGUUAGAACCUUGCAAGGGUCACUUGUCCACAGGUUUCAUCAAAGAAUGCUGGCUAAAAUGUGGCUGCAGCCAAAAGUGCGGAAAUCGUGUUGUGCAACGUGGAAUUAAACAUAACUUGCAGGUUUUCAUGACAUCUGGGGGAAAAGGGUGGGGUCUACGCACCCUCGAGGACCUGCCAAAAGGUUCAUUCAUCUGUGAGUAUGUCGGAGAAGUGUUAACCACGAAAGAAUUCUAUAAUCGAGUUUCCCAAAGUUCCAAUAAAGAUAAAUAUGUACAUCCAGUAUUGCUUGAUGCUGAUUGGGGCGAAGAGAAUGAAAUACUGGAUGACGAGGCUUUAUGUGUUGACUCCAGCUGUUAUGGAAAUGUGGCUAGAUUCAUCAAUCACAGGUGUUUUGAUGCAAACUUGGUUGAGAUCCCAGUUGAAGUGGAGAAUCAUGAUUGUCAUUACUAUCACCUGGCCUUCUUCACUACAAGAAACGUGAAAGCCUAUGAGGAGCUAACUUGGGAUUAUGGUAUUGAUUUUGAUGAUGAUCAUCCCGUUAAGGCAUUUCAAUGUGAAUGCGGUAGCCAGUUCUGCAGAAACAUAAAACGCUUCAGUAGAUCUAGUAAAAGAAUAUGAGCUUACAUGGAAGGAUUGCUGCAAAGACUCUAACCAGUAAUCACCAUGAGUUCACUUGGUUCUUGCACAGCACAGAUUAUUUUAAGUUACUAGGCAACUUUUGUAUGUAGGUGCCAUAAUGGCCAAAAUCUAUACCUUUUGCUUAUUCUGUCUCUGAUCUCGUCCUAUGUUCUUGAUGUCUAUAAUUUAACUAACAUUCUACCAAAAUCAAACUCCCGGUGAUAGCAUUUUAUGCACCAUGGAGUUAUGAAUUCCAAAAAUCUAGUACCUUUUGCUUA